AUGACCGAAUCUUACAAGAAGCGCAAGGUUCCGAGCAAGGAGGACGGUGCUCGCUCUUUUGCCAAAUCAAAAGUCCUUUCCCCUUUCAGGGUUGUGGGAAAUGUUUCUAAUGGUGUACCAUUCGCUGUUGGAACAUUAGGUUCAACCUUUUACAUUGUGACUAGUGUGGGCAAAACAUUUCAAAUAUAUGACGCCAACAACCUUAACCUACUCUUUGUUAGCGAAACAGAAACGGAGUCGGUUAUAACCUGUCUUGCAGCACACUUCCAAUAUGUGUUCGUUGGAUUCGGAAACAAGGUUGGCAUUUACCGCAGAGGCAAGCUUGAAAGGCUUCUCCAACUCCCAGACACCGGUGUAACUGUUACUGACAUCUGUGUAUUUGGCGAGUUUUUGUGCGUCUCAGCAAACAACAACUGCGUUUACAUUUUCAAGAAGGCUCCAGAGGACAAGUUUGCUACGAUUUUCUACACCAAGUUCAGUGUUUCCCAGCUUCAAGGCUCGGAAAUUGUUUCCAUAAUUCACCUGCCCACUUAUUUGAACAAAAUUGUGGUUGUGACGAAAUCGAAUGUCUUAGUGUACAACGUCAAGUCUGGAAAGUUAUUAUUUGUUUCUGACGAGUUUCCACACCAAAUAACUGCUGCCGAGUCUGCACCAGUACUGGACGUUGUAGCUUUGGGCUGUGCUUCGGGGGAAGUCAUUCUAUUCAAUGUUAAAAAAGCUCGCAAGAUUCGCACGAUUAAAACUCCUGUUCGCGUAUCCUCUUUGUCUUUCAGGACCGAUGGGUCCGCUCACUUGGCCGUUGGUGCAUCUAAUGGUGACUUGAUUUUUUACGAUUUAGACCGCCGUUGCCGUAUUCACGUUCUUAAGAAUGUGCAUAAAGAGAAUGCUGGUGGAAUAUCUAGAGCCUGUUUCCUAAAUGGUCAACCAAUUGUUGUCACUUCAGGUAAUGAUAAUCAACUGAAAGAAUAUGUUUUUGAUCCUUCACUCUCUCAAGGUGAUUCAGAGGUUGUUGUGCAACCUCCACGUUUCCUGAGAUCAAGAGGUGGGCACUCAAAACCCCCCAGUUCUAUCCUCUUCGCAGACAACCAAUCCCAUUUUAUUCUUUCCGCUUCAAGUGAUAGAUCAUUUUGGGGGUUUUCGUUGCGCAAAGACGCACAGUCUCAAGAGCUCUCGCAGAGGCAGCACAAAAAGAAGGAUGGUGGCAGACUUGCGGGGAGCACUAUGAAAGAGAAGUUCUCUGAAGUACUGGCUAUGGCCAUUGAAAACUCUAGGCAGGGCGAGUGGGAGAAUGUCCUUACUGCCCAUAAGGACGAAAAGUUUGCAAGAACUUGGGACCUUGCUACCAAAAGGGUUGGUAGAUGGACACUAAACACAAUCGACGAUGGCUUGGCGAAAAGCGUUGCUAUCUCACCCUGUGGAAACUUCGGUUUUGUCGGAUCUUCCAACGGCGGUAUUGGUGUGUAUAAUCUCCAAAGUGGCUUGCCUAGAAAGAAAUACAGACUGCACAAAAAGUCAGUAACGGGCAUCGCUGUUGAUGGGAUGAACAGAAAAAUGGUGUCUUGCGGGUUGGAUGGGAUAGUGGGAUUUUAUGAUUUCAGUAAAUCUUCGUUUUUGGGGAAACUCCAGCUGAGUGCACCCAUAACGUCUAUGGUUUAUCAUAGGUCCUCCGAUCUUUUUGCUCUUGCAUUGGACGACUUUUCUAUUGUUGUUGUUGACGCAGUAACUCAGAAAGUUGUAAGGCAGCUCUGGGGCCACUCUAACAGAGUUAGUUCGUUUGACUUUUCCCCAGAUGGCCGCUGGAUUGUCUCCACAUCUUUGGAUUCCACUAUCAGGACAUGGGACUUGCCCACUGGAAGCUGUAUUGAUGGUGUCAGACUUGACAACGUUGCCACAAAUAUAAGAUUCUCACCAAAUGCCGACUUCUUAGCGACAACCCACGUCAGUGGAAAUGGAAUUCUCAUAUGGACUAACCGCGCACAAUUUAGAGCAUUCCCUGCAAGACAAAUCGAUGAAGAAGAGUUUGCUGGAAUUUCCACAUCUGUGUCUUUUGGACAAAAUGGUGCUUCGAUGCUCGAUGGUGCAUUCGACGCAAAAGAGUCGAAUGAUAUGGGUGAAGUUGAUUUUGGUCAUUACGCAUCUGUCGAUCAAGUGAGCAGCGACUUAAUCACACUUUCUCUCGGACCAAGAAAUAAACUACAAACGCUCCUGAACUUGGAUGUCAUCAGACAACGCUCAAAGCCAAUCGAACCUCCCAAAAAGCCUGAGAAAGCGCCCUUUUUUCUACAGCUUACUGGUGAAAAGGUGGGUGACGAUACCUCUGUAAGAGAAAAUGUGGCCACACAAGAUGCCUCCGAACUAGAAAAACAGAGAGGCGUUCAGAACAAACAGGCCGAGGCGGAGGACAAAUUGAUGAAGCACAAGCCGAUUGUGGCUAGUUUCGAGUCCCAAUUUACUAAGUUAUUGAGAGAAGGAAGUCUCGACAAAAGUUACUCACAGUUUUUGGAUCAACUGAUAAAUCUUUCUCCUGCAUCGGUUGAUCUUGAAAUCAGAUCCCUCAAUUCGUUCGAGCCUUUCCACGAGAUUAUAUGGUUUUUGGAGGCCUUGACAGAAGGACUGCUCUCAAAUAAGAAUUUUGAGCUUUACGAAGCUUUCAUGAGCUUGCUGAUGAAAGCACAUGGUGAUGUUAUUCACACGAACAACCAGAAUGAGGGUUUGUCCGCAGCACUGCGGAACUGGCAAGAAGUUCACGCACUUAAGGACAGGCUAGACGAUAUCAUAAAAUACUGCUCAAGCGUGGCAAAUUUUGUCUCGACUGCUUAA